ACCAUGCUGAACGUGCUGCUGCUGUGCUGCGGGCUGCUGCAGGGGAUCCAGGCCAUCCUCGCCACCGACUUCAGCCACGGCCACCUGCAGAAGGUGGGCGGCGGGCUGGAGGGAGCCGACAGAGCCCGCUACUCCAGCCUGCUACGGAAAGUCAAGGAGGUGUCUGCGGAGCCGGCGGGAACUCUCCCCAGGCUGGGGUUUGAGCAGAUGGCCCUGGAGGUCCAAGAAGCCGAUGGUGACCUCAUGCAGAGAGACGGUGUGCUGGAAUCGCAGGCAUCGUCCACAGAACUGCAAGCUGCGGGCCGAGAAGAACGCUCCCCCCGCCGCUGUGUCCGCCUCCUGGAGUCCUGCCUCGGGCAUCAGGUCCCCUGCUGCGACCCCUGCGCCACCUGCUACUGCCGCUUCUUCAAUGCUUUUUGCUACUGCAGGAAAAUCAGCACCAGUUUCCCCUGCGGCAAGAACUAG